AUGGCGGCGGCGGCGGAUACCUCGGAGGCGUCCGCGGCCGGGAUCGCGCUCGCGGAGGCCAACAUCAACUGGGAGAGGUUGGACAAGACGAGGUUUCAUGUGAUUGGAGCUAUCCUGUUUACGGCCCAGCAAGGUGCUCUGCACCCGACAGCUGUUGUGAAGACUAGGAUGCAGGUUGCUGAAGGGGGACUUGCACAUAUGUCUGGGUUUACUGUUUUUAGGAGGAUAUUGAGAAGCGAUGGCAUCCCUGGCAUUUUCAGAGGAUUUGGCACCUCUGCUGUUGGAGCCCUACCUGGGCGAGUGCUAGCUCUAACAUCACUGGAGAUCUCUAAAGAAAUGACGUUUAAGUAUUGUGAACAUUUUGAUAUGUCAGAGGCCUCACGAAUUGCUGUAGCAAAUGGCGUUGCAGGCCUGAUGUCGAGUAUCUGUUCAUGCUCAUAUUUUGUGCCUCUAGAUGUGAUUUGCCAAAGGCUCAUGGUUCAAGGAUUGCCAGGGAUGGCAACAUACAGGGGCCCAUUUGAUGUGAUAAAUAAGGUUGUCAGAACAGAAGGGAUCCGGGGGCUUUACCGAGGUUUUGGAAUCACUAUGUUGACUCAGUCGCCAGCUUCAGCCCUUUGGUGGAGUGCAUAUGGUGGUGCUCAACAUGCUAUUUGGAGGAGUUUGGGUUAUGGAAAAGACUCCCACAAAACCAUCUCAAUCAGAACUUGUUGCUGUCCAAGCGACAGCAGGAACAAUUGCUGGUGCUUGCUCAUCGAUUAUCACAACUCCAAUAGAUACCAUCAAGACUCGGCUUCAGAGGAUGGACAUGUUGGUCGUAGCCAGAAGGUGCAGCUCUUAACCUGGGUGACACAUUCUGGUCUCAAGCUUAUUGUUCCUCUGUGUCAGGUUAUGGACAACUAUGGUAAGGGUAGGCCUUCUGUCAUGAAAACUACCAGGCUGCUGCUUGAUGAAGAUGGCUGGAGGGGGUUUUAUAGAGGACAAAGCUUUGUUAGUGAAGAAAACAAUGUCAUCUCAGCAACUCGUGAGCGGAUCUUGGAGAGACUCCGGGCUGCCUUCCAUCAAGCAGUACACUGGUGGCAGCGUGAGCGUCUCCAUGACUCCGUACGCGUUCCAGCAGUAGGGGUCCGCGAGCAGCGCUCCCUCGUCUCCGCCGGCCGGCAGCAGCUCGACGCCGGACAUGGUGAUGUCCGUGCAGGCUACGGCGUCGCUGCACGCAAGGCGGAUGGGCGCGCCGGCCUGCGGGUUGUACGUGCCGUGGAUGUCCCGGUACGUGACCCUGGCCACGCGCACCGCGGAGGUCUGGUUGGCGCACCCGUGGCCGAGGCAGUAGUACUGGUCGAUGACGAUGCAGCUCUUCACGUUCUGCAUCUGCACGCCGGCGAACUCGACUGCCGACACGGCGCCGGUGCCGCCCUGCCACGUCUUGAUGCGGAGGCCGUUGUCGGAGUCGAGGAUCCGCGCGUUCCGGACCGUGAUGUUGGACACGCAGGCGUGCGUGUUGUGGACGCCCACGCUGCCGAUGCUGCGAGGAUGACAACAGCUUGCCGCGUCAGGCUCACUACGAACGGUACCGCCAUGGAAGCACUUUGUUGGUACCUGAUGCCAUGGCCGUGGCCGCAUGUUAUGUUCUCGAUGUGGACAUCGGAGCAUCCGGCGCCGAUGGAGACACAGUCGUCGCCUGUAGUGACAGGUGGAGCUCAACUUGAUGUUGAUUCAUUCUCGAGUAUGUGCGUCCAGUCACUGUUUGAGCUUACCGUUGUAGAUCCUAGAGUUGAGGAUCUGGACGGACGUGGUGUUCUCGACGUGGACGCCGUCCGUGUUGGGGCUGGACACCGGCGAGCUGACGAAGAGGCCGUCGACGCGCACGCGCUCGCAGUCGUCGAACCUGAGGUGGAGCUGCGGGCUGUUCUCGAUCCGCAGGCCGCACACCGUCACGUCGUUGCUCAAGAAGAAUCGUACCAGCUGCAGAUACGAACAGAGUGA